AAGUACAUCCACGUCGCUAAGCUGGUGAAGCCGGUCCUGACACAGGAGGCGUCAGACUACAUAGCAGAGGAGUAUUCUAGACUCCGGAGUCAUGACCAAGUCAACAGUGACUCCGCCAGGACGAUGCCUGUGACCGCUCGAGCUCUGGAGACCAUGAUUCGAUUGUCUACAGCUCACGCCAAGGCCCGCAUGAGUAAAACCAUCGAUCUGGGAGAUGCAGAAGCUGCACUUGAACUCAUGCAGUUUGCUUAUUUCAAAAAGAUUCUAGAGAAGCAUAAGAAGAGGAAGGUGCCUGAGGACUCUGAGAUGGACAUCUCUCAGAGCCAAGAUACAGAGAGUCAAAGGAACCUAAGGAAGCGUUCUCGCAUCUCUAAAGAUGUUGAUGAUGAUGUGGAAAUGACUCAAGAAGGAGAGGACUCAGAUCCUUAUGAUUUCCCAGAAGAUGAAAACACUCAGCCAAGUCAGAAGAGUAGGCCAGCGUCUCAGAGAAGCAGUCAAAGGAAGAAGGCUGACAUCAGUCAAGACAGAUUAAAAGUCUUCAAGGCGGCUCUACUGAAGGCCUUUAAGGUGACCCGGUCUCAGUCUGUGGCGGUGCCUGAUCUUCUGACUCACGUUAACAAAGGCCAGGACGAGGAGUUUGACCAGAAUGAGAUUAACCUUCUGCUGGAGCGCAUGCAGGAUGACAACCAGGUCAUGGUUUCAGAGAAUGUGGUGUUUCUCAUCUAAAGGAGUGCCAAUGGACGGCUGCAUCUUUUGCAAAUUCAGAAAUGUAAAUUGCAUUACAAUUAUUUAUAAUAUGCCAGCACUUUGUUGCAGGCUAUAACAAACCACUAAUAAACUGUGUAAGCAU